AUGUUCAGCCUGAAUGGUGCCAGAAGUGAAGGAUAUGUCCAAGAGCUGUUCCACGAGGAAGCACAGCAGGUAUCUCAGAUGCAGACCAAGCCCUGGUGGAAGAUCCAGCUGUUUGUGUGGGAGCCGGUGCUUUUUGGAACAUGGGAUGGCGUCUUCACCUCCUGCAUGAUCAACAUUUUUGGAGUGGUUCUUUUCCUGAGGACGGGAUGGCUCGUGGGAAACACUGGUAUUGUAAUGGGCAUGUUUCUGGUGUCCUUUGUCAUCCUGGUUGCUCUGGUGACGGUCUUAUCUGGAAUUGGAGUGUGUGAGAAGUGCAGCAUCGGAAGUGGAGGAGUAUACUCCAUGAUUUCUACUGUCCUUGGAGGUCAAGUAGGGGGGACCAUUGGCCUCCUUUAUAUUUUUGGCCAGUGCGUUGCAGGUGCCAUGUACAUCACUGGCUUUGCGGAGUCCAUCGCAGAUGUCCUGAGCCUCAGCAACAUCUGGGCAGUGCGCGGGAUCUCCUUGGCUGUCCUGCUGGGCCUGCUGGGGAUCAACCUGGCUGGGGUGAAGUGGAUCAUCAGGCUCCAGCUCCUGCUGCUCUUCCUGCUGGCUGUCUCGACGCUGGACUUUGUCAUCGGGUCCUUUACACACCUUGAUCCAGAGCAUGGCUUCGUCGGCUACUCCGAAGAGCUUAUGUUCAACAACACGCUGCCAGACUACAGCCAGGGGGAGUCCUUCUUCACCGUUUUUGGAGUGUUUUUCCCAGCUGCCACAGGUGUGAUGGCUGGGUUCAAUAUGAGUGGAGAUCUCCAGAAGCCUGCUACCAACAUCCCCCUGGGGUCUCUGGCUGCUAUUGGCACCUCGUGGUUUCUGUACAUGGUCUUUGUUUUUUUGCUGGGAGCCAUUUGUACCCGUCAGUCCCUCCGCUAUGACUUCAUGAUAGCAGAGAAGGUAUCCUUGGUGGGUUUCUUGUUUUUGCUAGGGCUGUACAUCUCGUCCCUGGCCUCCUGCAUGGGAGGGCUGUACGGAGCACCCAGGAUCCUGCAAUGCAUCGCCCAGGAGAACGUGAUCCCCAUGCUCGCCUUCCUGGGACGUGGGAAAGGACCCAACAAGACUCCAGUGGCUGCGAUUUGCUUAACGAGUCUCAUCACCAUGGCUUUCGUCUUCAUUGGGCAAGUGAAUGUUCUUGCUCCCAUAGUCACCAUCAACUUCAUGCUGACGUAUAUUGCUGUAGACUAUUCCUAUUUCUCAGUCUCCUUGAGCUACAACAUUCAGCAGAAGCCUGACGAGACCCAGAUGGAAAACACUAGGCCUGCUCACUCUUCCCAGCCUUUAAUUUUCAACAAGCCCUCCAGCCGUGCAGCAGAUGGAGUAAUUCAAAGCAGGUCAAACGGCACCUUGUUGGAAUUCACAAAAGACAUGGACCAGCUUUUUAAACCAUUUCAUAGUGAGCCAAGUACUUGCAAAAAAGGAGGAGCCGAGAAUUCAACCCAAAAUGUCAAACAGAAGAAGGCAAAGAAGCCAGCCAAGCAGACGUUACAAGACAGCUUUCUCCUGGAUCUCCAUCACGAUGCUCCCCUGGCUCAGUACGGCUGGGAUGAGACCACAGAGCCCUGCAGCAAGAGCCAGCAGGACCUGGCUGAGCAGGUCCAUCAGCAUGACAUGGGUCCAUGCUCAUCACCUGCUGCGGAUGCCCAACAGACACCCGGGCUGCUGGAGCGGGGGGAGCAGCUCUGCAGCGAGGUGCCGGAGAGGAGAGGUAAGGGCUGUGAGGAAUCAUCUAUAAAGCAACAAAAUCCAGACCUGGGAAUUCAGCAAAUACCAGAAUCCUUCUACUCCAAAUUCUGCAAUCACUGGGUUUCCUUUGCUGGUGCGAUCGUGUCCCUCAUCAUAAUGUUUGUCAUUCAGUGGAUCUAUACCCUGGUCAGCCUGGGUGCAGCGGUUAUUCUGUAUUUCUACAUUGGCCAAGUGAGCCCAGGACUCCCCCUUGGAGCAGCAGCGAAUUUCAGUUUCUUCAGCUGGAUUAAGUCGGUUUUGCUCACCUCGUGCAGGAGAAGGCCAUCUCCCAAAGAGCAGAUCGUGGUGACACCAUCCUUUGCAACAGUUGGCAUGGAGACCACGCAGCUCACAGAGGAGAACGCAGACUUCGCCUCGCGGGACCGCUAUCACCAGUCCUCGCUUAUCAGCAGAGAGGAGUUCCUGAAUCAAUUCCAGUAA